GUGGGACCGAGACUGGAGGGCUGCUUGAAACUCGGUCUACAGAUGGAAGGUGGAACUGUGUAACUCCAGGUGUCUUUUUCUCCUCCCCAGCACGCAUGGCUUUUGAGUCUGAGAAGAGGGAACGGAGCUGAUGCAGAGAAAAGCACUCGCGUCUCACACACCGCAGGCUUUGGGAGCUCUUUUUUUUUGGGAAGUUGCCCGAGCGCACAGACUAUGUUCAGCCUGCACACGGCUGACUUGACUUUAUAACACAGAGGCGAGAGACUGAGGAGGCGCAGACAACAGUGCACUCAGCGGAGAGUGCGGCUGUGCUGUCUGUGUCUUUUUUUAUUAUCACCUCCUGGAAACUGGAAAGUAAACUGCUUUUUGUUUUUGUUUUCACACAUCCAGCCUUUUAAGGCUACACGGGACUGAACGGUUCCGAGUUUACUGCGCAUCCCGGGAGUGAAUUGUUAUAUAUAUUUUUUAAACUGAAGAGGGGGAGAAAAAGAGCUGAGUUUGCUUUUAAAGUGAAUCGCAGGACCAAGGAGAGCGAGUACGCUGCUCUCCCUCCCCGUGCGUGUAGCUGGGCGGCAUGGUGCAGAAAAUGAGCCACGCGGAGAGCACCGCCGAGGCGCUCUCCUUUUUCGCCGGAGAUUCCAGCUCCGACUCCGGGGCGUGCAUGGACCUGGACCCGGCCGCGUCGCCCCUCUCCCCGGGCUCCGCGGCUUCUUCGACCGCCGGGGACAAGCUGGGGGAGAACCCCGCGUGGUGCAAGACGCCCAGCGGCCACAUCAAGCGGCCCAUGAACGCGUUCAUGGUGUGGUCGCAGAUCGAGAGGAGGAAGAUCAUGGAGCAGUCCCCCGACAUGCACAACGCAGAGAUCUCCAAGAGGCUGGGGAAGCGGUGGAAGCUUCUCAGAGACAGCGACAAGAUCCCCUUCAUCCGAGAGGCGGAGCGUCUCCGGCUCAAGCACAUGGCGGACUACCCCGACUACAAGUACCGCCCGAGGAAGAAGGUCAAAUCGAGCGCCUCCAAGCCGGGCGGAAGCGGGGACAAGGGGGAGAAACUCAGCAGCAGCAGCUCAAGCAACACCAGCACGAAGACAUCCUCCUCUUCCAGGAAGAAUGGCUCCAAAUCACCGAGCAGCAGCAAGUCCCACAAAUCAUUUUUCGGGAACAACAACAACAGCAGCAGCAACAACAACAACAGCACCAAAGCAUCACCGUUUGCCUCCGAGCACGCGCCGGAGCACCACCACAACUCUCUCUACAAGUCCAAGUCGGCCUCGUGCUCGGCGGCCAGGCUCAUACCGGAGGGCAAGAAGCCCAAGCGGGUGUACGUCUUCGGGAGCAGCGGGGGCAACUUGAGCGUCAGCCCCGCCUCCUCCUCCUCCUCCUCCUCCUCCGUGGUGGUCCCGGCCAGCCCCACGCUCAGCAGCUCGGCGGACUCGAGCGACCCGCUCAGCCUCAGCCUGUACGACGACGCGGCCAGCGGCAGGGGGGAGGGAGGCGACUCCCCCGGCGGCGGCGGCGGCGGCAGCGGCAGCAGCCCGGGCGGGUCUUCGGAGCGCAACGGGGGGCACACGUACAGCAGCAGCAGCAGUCGGCGGGCUUCCUCGCCGACUCCCUCCGGCUCCCACUCCUCCGCGUCGUCCCACUCGUCGGCCUCCCCCUCUUCCUCCUCCUCCUCCUCGUCUUCGGAGGACGACGAGGAGUUCGAGGACGACUUGCUCGACAUCAACCCGAGCCCGAGCUACGACAGCAUGUCGCUGGGCAGCUUCGGCUCCUCGGCGCUGGACAGGGACUUGGAUUUGAACUUUGAGUCCGGCUCCGGCGGCUCUCACUUCGAGUUCCCCGACUACUGCACGCCCGAAGUCAGCGAAAUGAUCUCCGGGGACUGGCUGGAGUCCACCAUCUCCAACUUGGUGUUCACGUACUGAGGCGGGCCAAACGCGGGAGGAGGAAGAAGAAGGAGAACAGACCCCGAGAGGUGAUGUCCUGGGAGCUGAAAUGUGACCACGCACGGAAACAGCCGUUCCUGUAAGAGUGGGCGUAAUAGUUUGCGUUAUAACGGGCCUACAACAGACUAGUAAACCCCGCACGCACGCACACACACACACACACACACACACACCUAAACCAGCCCAGAUACGCGAGAGCUGCACGUUCUUGGAGAAGCUGAACUUUCAAGCGAAUGAGUUUUGCUACGUUUGCGCUUUUCCUGGGACGCGUGGACCGGAGACUCGCGUGAAAAGGGGGGGGGAGAAAAUGAAGGGACGCGCUCGGCUUCCUUGAACCGAGCGAAACGCUUUGAGUCCCAAAAACAGUUUGUGAACUCAACGACCUGAGCGCGGCUGAUGCGCACGCGGCGCAGUCGACACGUAAUCAGCGUGGUUGGUCGCUCUGUUUCUUUUUUUUUUUUAAAGGGACAUUUUCACAACUUUUUACCGAUUGCAAAGUGAAGUUCACCACUAACAAGGUACAGAAAUAGGACUGUCGUGCGGCAUCUUUUUUUUAAUUGUUGUGUGUCACCGAGAGGGAUUUUUAAUGAAACCGAGGUGGGUUGAUGUUUUUUAAAAGUCGAAUAUUUUCUCAAAAGCAAAAAAAAAAACAUGUUAAGCAUGAUAGCCUACUUUGUUCCUAUCUUGUGCUGAGAUUUUCUGUGGGAUUGUCGAGCAGUUUAAAACUAGUAUUAGGUUAUUUAAAUGGGUAGGUGGCGCUCGCUUUCGGUUCUUCUCUUUAAAAUAAGAACAUUGAAAUAAUCACCAGCUGUUGUAAUUUCUCGAACUUCAGGAUUCACACUCAGCUUCAAAUCUGUGCUGAACUUUAUACACGUGUUCUCUACUAUUCAGGACCAAAAUGAUUUGAUUUCAGAUGAUAGUUAUAGAGAAAUCCUCACCGAUUUUUUUUUCAUCCUCUGAGCUUUGUUUUGUACAUGUAUUCAGAUACCAUUUUAUAUGGGAUGUUGUAUUUAUAUACUGGGCCAAGCAUUUUUGACUUGAUCAUUUUUUUAUUUCUUGUAUACAUGAUCUAGUCCUCUUGUUUUCUUACACGGUUGUUUGUCAGUAUGUCUGUCACAUUUCCUUCUCAGGCGAAGGGCUAGAGUUUUCAAAACACAAAACCUUUUGAUUUAAUUUUAUAUUUAAAUGGACACACUUUUUGGACACUUAAAAGAGAGGAAACAGUUUGAUUAUUUUCUCAGUGUAUUUUUGUACAAAUCUAUAUAGAAAACAGGGGAGGUCAACAAUCGGUUUGUGUAGCCUGCUAAUACAGCUGAAUUGGAUUUCCUAAUGUUAGUACCCCGGCAGGCUGGUUUUCAUGCUGCCUUCAAGUGACCAUGGUAAGCUCGUUCCUAUGACUUUGUGUCGCCUGUUCAGAUGCUUUUUUUUAAAGACAACCAGCAAAACAGACCUUCUAUCACUGUGGUGCCUAUUGUUUGUUCUAAGAAAUUAAAAGCACCAAGGUAUUUUAUACUUAAGUGACCUAACAAGAGGAGAUAAUAUUACUCAGUUGUGUUAAUGGUGUUUUAAUCCACAAAUCUGGCAAACUUUCUUCAACUUUUACCAGCACAUACUGACAAGACUCCUUUGAUGUCCAAUCUCGACAUAAUCGUCAGUACGGGCAUGAUAUAGUUAGAGGAUACAAUUACGAUUUUUCCGACAGCACUUGAACGCAGCACCAGCCUUUGUAUCUGCCUACCUUCUACGUUUACAGUGCCACUCUGCAGGCUCCUUAAAGAUACAAGAAUGCAUUAUUUCUAGAGGCUGCCCUGUGGACCAUUUGGGUUUAACAGCGUAACCAUCUAAAGCAGCCACUAGUUGUUGUUUUUUUGCAUUUUCUUUCAUAUCACUUGCCUAUGACAACAAAUGAGGAGAUUGUAGCUUUACAUUUGACAUAUUUCUUGAUGUUCUCAUUAAUUGAUGUCACAUUUGCCAAUCAACUUCUGUAUUGAACAGGCUAUCAAUAACAGCAAGCAAACAACAAGGAUGAUAACAUCAAGCAUAUUCAAAUUUCUGACUUGAGUUCCGCAACACCUACUUGUUCUGCGUUUCUCAUUGUAUUUGAAUAUAUAAUCUUUUGUACUUGUCAGCUAACUAUUAGCUAAUAAUUGUUUUAGUAUCUUUAUGGCAUGGUGAAUAGCAUUUGUAUUUCAGAUUCAGGUUAAUAGCUGUUGUGUUUUUCAGAAAAAAAAGAAAAAAUUAGGAAAAACGAUGAAACGUGAACUCGGUCUUUGUAUAUUUGACUGUAUCAUAAAGCAAAAAGAUUGUGUGUUUAUGUACGUUGUUGCUAUCGAGGACAGGCACUGUCUAGAACUGCUACCUUUUACACAUCCUUACUUACAUUUAAGGUGGUCAGUUCAGGACUGUUUUUUUAUAUAUAUAUGAAAGCAUUUUUUAAAUAUAUUGACUUUAUUUUUCAUCCAUCCUGUGCAAUAUGCUGUGUAGAAUUAUCAUUUAUUGUCUCUAAUCAUGCCAUAAACAAAGGAACCACCCUUUUUUUGAGACUCAGAGAAAGGGGGGAACUCAUGCCAGCUAAAUUGUGUCCAUUCACUGCCUGUCAGAUUGUUGAUAUAAACUUGUGUACAGAACUUUUUCAAGGAAGGAAAUAAAUAUCAGCUGGAACUGAAACUCUA